CCGGCUCUUCCAACCCGCGUCACUCUGGAACCCCAGCCCUGGUCCGGGUACCUAGCCCGCCAGCACACUUGCCCUCCCCACACCUGGGUUUUGCUCAGGGCAGCCUUCGCCCCUCAACCUAGCCCCAACCCCUGCCAGGCCCGGUGGGCAUCAAGAUGAAGGCGGCACGAUUCGUGAUGCGCAGCGUCGGCUCGCUGAGCGGCGCUGGCCUGGUCCCCCGCGAGGUCGAGCAUUUCUCGCGCUACAGUCCGUCCCCGCUGUCCAUGAAGCAGCUGCUGGACUUUGGUUCAGAAAACGCAUGUGAAAGAACUUCUUUUGUAUUUUUGCGGCAAGAAUUACCUGUGAGGCUCGCCAAUAUCCUGAAGGAAAUUGAUAUCCUCCCUGAUCAAUUAGUAAAUACCUCUUCAGUGCAGUUGGUUAAAAGCUGGUAUAUCCAGAGCCUGAUGGACUUAGUGGAAUUCCAUGAGAAAAGCCCAGAGGACCAGAAAACAUUAUCGGAUUUUGUAGAUGCAGUUGUCAAAGUUCGAAAUAGACACCAUAAUGUAGUCCCUACAAUGGCACAAGGAAUCAUAGAGUAUAAAGAUGCCUGUACUGUUGACCCAGUCACCAAUCAAAAUCUUCAAUAUUUCUUGGAUCGAUUUUACAUGAACCGUAUUUCUACACGUAUGCUGAUGAACCAACACAUUCUUAUAUUUAGUGACUCACAGACAGGAAACCCAACCCACAUUGGAAGCAUUGAUCCAAACUGUGACGUGGUAGCAGUGGUCCAAGAUGCAUUUGAGUGUUCAAGGAUGCUUUGUGAUCAGUACUAUUUAACAUCUCCAGAAUUAAAGCUCACACAAGUGAAUGGGAAAUUUCCCGGCCAGCCAAUUCACAUUGUGUAUGUUCCUUCUCACCUUCAUCAUAUGCUCUUUGAACUAUUCAAGAAUGCAAUGAGAGCAACGGUUGAACACCAGGAAAACUGGCCUUCUCUUACACCAAUUGAGGUGAUUGUUGUCCUGGGAAAAGAAGACCUUACAAUUAAGAUUUCAGACAGAGGAGGUGGUGUGCCCCUGAGAAUCAUUGACCGCCUUUUUAGUUACACAUACUCCACUGCCCCAACGCCUGUGAUGGACAAUGCACGGAAUGCUCCUUUGGCUGGUUUUGGUUAUGGCUUGCCAAUUUCUCGUCUUUAUGCCAAGUAUUUUCAAGGAGAUCUGAAUCUCUACUCUUUGUCAGGAUAUGGAACAGAUGCUGUCAUCUACUUAAAGGCUUUAUCUUCCGAGUCAAUAGAAAAGCUCCCAGUUUUUAACAAGUCAGCCUAUAAACAUUAUCAGAUGAGUACAGAGGCUGAUGACUGGUGUAUCCCUAGUAAGGAACCAAAGAACCUAGCAAAGGCAAAAGUGGCUGUGUGAAGAAGGACACCCAGGACACUUUAGGGGAUCAAAGUGCUUCUACACCAGUGCAGCUCCCUGAAUGUUUGCAUGUCAACUCACGUUUCCUCAAAAACAAGCAACAGCAAGAGAAACUCCUUGACCAGAACACUGAUUGAGGAGGCAUGAGGCUCGUUUCUGUGACACAGGGGAGCACAGUGAUGACUACGGGAAUUAACAGAAGGCCAACUCUUCGUUUUAUUUUACUUAGAAUAACUCAUGAGAUUCUAUCAAAUCCUAAAGAAGAAAUAGCCCUCAGAUUUCCAUCUCUUUACCUAAGACUGGGAAAGGGAAUGAAUGUGGAGACAUGGGUUAACAGUUUCACUAUACUGAGAUUUUAUGCCUCCUUUUGAUAUCAUAAGAUAUUGGUAUUUCUUGAACAUCAUGUAUCAAUAUAUCAAUAUUUUUCUGCCAUUCAAAGGAUUAGGGCUUAGUUUACACUAUGUGAUUAGAAAUGUAUAUAAAUACACAUUUCCUAUAUAUUUAUGUGCCCUAGGGAGAAGACGCUGGUGACUAAAAUAACAUCCACUUUGAAUGAGGAGGAAAGAAUACAAAUGUCUUAUUCACAGUUGCAGUGGAGGCAUUGGGCAUAUGCAAAAACUCAGAAGAAAACCUCUUUUGAUAAAUGCAGUUCCCUUAUUAUGCUACUUUUUCUAUUCACACUUAUAAAGUGAACACUUUUUGACAGGUGCCUAGUCUUGGAUGAGUUUUAAAUUAUGCACUGAAUUCAGGAUGUGGAUUGUUGAAGGGAGAGAAGAAUUGCCAAAGUGCUAGCAACAGUGUCUCAUCUUUUUUUAAGUGAAACAGUAGGUUAGAAACACAGUAGGCUGGAAAAAUCAUAUAGUCACAACCUUAACUCAUCAGGAAGGGCUGUUCUCUACCCUGUGGUGGUAGUAAUCCAAAGGCAUCUAUUUUCUAGGCUUAAAAAGAGCUAUUUUUGAUAUAUGUAAUUAUAUUCUGUACACUCCAUAUCAUCACCAUGUCUGUGAAAAAAAAAGUUCUAAUAGUCAAAUGUCUCAAGAACAUUAGAAUUUAACUAGUUCUUGAAGUAUUUUUAACAAAUAGCCUGGAGUAAGAGUUCUCAUGCUAGGAUGCAUUCACUUGUGAAUCAUUGAGAUUGAGAGCUAAUAAAUGAAAGCUGUAAUGCAUAUGGCACUUUUGGGGAGGGGGUGUAGUUAAAGGUGUAUAAUAUACAGGUUGGAGCCCUGGUAGCGCAGUGGUUAAGAGAUUGGCUGCUAACCAAAAGGUCAGCAGUUCGAAUCCACCAGCUGCUCCUCGGAAACCCUGUGGGGCAGUUCUGCUCUGUCCUGUAGGGUCACUAUGAGUCGGAGUCAACUCAACGGCAAUGGGUUUAAUAUACAGGUUGACAGGCCAGUCAUGAAGAGGAGUAUUAAGGUAGGCGUGAAAACAAGAAGGAAGGAAGGAAAACAGUGAGAGAGGAAAGCAGUAGGCAGGCAUUUUGCCAUUUUCCCCACAAAUUAAUUUCAAGAAAUAAUCCAUAUUCUCAUGGAUAAAUUAUUGACAAGAGGAUGAAUUGUUGGUGUCUUUUAAAAACAGUAUGAUUAAAUGUCUCUCACUUUUAAGACAAUAGGCUUUUAUGAGACAAUAAGCUCAUCUGUGUCAAAUAAAUGUUUAAAUCGGAAUAUAGAAAGAAGUAGGAUUUUCUGCACUGUAAAAUAAUCACUACUGUCUAUAUGUCAAAUUUAACAUUGUUGUUUAAUUUUGUUAUGGUCUGCUGUUGUGGUAAUUGUAGUAGCAAUGGAAGCCGCAGACUCUUUGCUGUGGAUUUCGGAUUUUAUCGUCAGUGACUUUCGUGAUCUUGGGACACUGGCUUGCACAUUUAUUGAUUACACAAAACUAUUUGCAAUAGGUUAUUUGACUUUCCAGUUUUUUACUGAAAUCUGAACUAAGUGUUUUUGCAUAUAAGUACUUGUAUUUACUAAAUAUUUUAAAACAGUUGAUUGAUUAAUUAACCCAAACACUGUGAACUAUCUUUAAAACUCUAGGGAAAGAGAUGUUAGUAUCUCAAUAGCAUCAACUGUGUAAAUGGAGUUCUAUAAAAUAGAAGGAUUCCAUGUUGGUAUUUGUGAAAUCCAUGGAAGAGCAUUAGGAUACCAGUGGGUGGAUACGGGAAUGUUCAGGUCCCUUUAAAUUAUUAAUGUAAAAUUGUGUUUUUGUCUUUAGGCUACGUACAGAAAAAUGUGAUAAUUUUUAUAAUAAAUAUUUUUAUUAUAAUAACAGAUAUAAUUUGUAGUUAUUUUCUUAAAUUACUGAUAAAAUACUAAGAAUAACUUGAAGUUUUC